GGACUCCUGAAGAUGCCCAGGAGAGGAGCUUUUCUCCUGUGGACGCUCAUGGUGCUGCUGGGGCUGACACUUGUUCCGUCACAGCUUGCAAGCUGCCUCCUUGAUCCCUGUUUGGAGGUCAUCCCUAAUAUAACUUUCAGAUGCAUGGGACUGAAUAUCUCUGGAGUUCCCACUCAGGUCCCAAAUACCAUCCAGAACCUGGAUCUCAGUUUCAGCCACUUGAAAUCACUGAGCUCAAACUAUUUUUCCUCAGUCCGUGAACUGCAGUUUCUGGAUCUUACAAGGUGCCAUAUCGAUAUAAUUGAAGAUAACUCUUUUAAGGAUCUUUAUAACCUUUCCACCUUAAUUCUAACUGCCAAUUACUUAAAGUACCUGGGGCCAGCAGCUUUCUAUGGCUUAACCUCUCUGCGAAGACUUGUGUUGGUGGAAAAUAACAUAUCCUCUCUGAAUGACCUGCCCAUUGGACACUUGCAUACCCUGCAGGAGCUGAAUGUGGGCCACAAUAACAUUGCUUCAUUGAAGCUUCCCAAGUAUUUUGCCAAUCUGACCUCUCUCAGACACCUGAGCUUGCUCUGCAAUAGGAUCACAUAUAUUUCCAGAGGAGACCUUGAUGCCCUGAUGGAAGCAAACAGGUUCAACCUCACACUGGUGCUUUCUUUGAAUGAUAUAAAAUACAUUGAGCCAGGGUCCUUUGCAAAGAUUCACCUUGGUGAGCUGGUUUUAAGGUCCUCUUUUAAGAACUUCAAAGUGAUGCAUACUUGCCUUCAAGGUCUAAUUGGUUUACAGGUCAACAGACUAAUAGUUGGAGAAUUCAGUGACGGUCAGAAACUGAAGGACUUUCAGAGUGGACUCUUGAGUGGACUGUGCCAGGUACAGAUGCAGGAGUUUGUCUUGAUCUGUUUCAGGGAAUUUGAGAAUAACACAGACACUCUUUUUGACUGCAUAGGCAAUGUCUCCAGUAUUCGGUUGGUGGACCUCCAUCUAGAAGAGGUGUCAAAAGUUCCUGUGUUGUCUCAAGUCAAACACCUGGAGUGCAAGAAAUGCUCAUUUAAGGAAGUGCCUGCUGUGAAGCUGUCUCUUUUUAAGGAACUUAGAGUGCUUCGUAUUACCAAGAGCAAAUACCUCAAUAGCUUUCGGCAGAAAUUUGAGAAUCUAACUAAGCUGGAGGUCAUGGAUUUGAGUGAAAAUCGCCUCUCCUUCACCAAAUGCUGUUCCCCUCUUUUUAGCGGGUCUCCAAAUUUGAAAUACUUAAACCUAAGCUUCAAUUCUGACAUCAGUGUCACUGGAGACUUCACUAAUGUGAAGAAUUUGUUAACCUUGGACUUUCAGCACACAAAGUUAUUUGGUCCUGGCUCCUACCCUGUCUUUCUCUCCCUUCAAAAACUCAUUUACCUUGAUAUUUCCUAUACUCAAACUCAUGUUAAAUCCCAGUGUACAUUUUGUGGCUUACACUCCUUGCAAGUGCUUAAGAUGGCAGGCAGCACCUUUGAGAACAACAAACUGGCCAACAAUUUGAAAAACCUAACUCAUCUCCACACCUUGGAUAUCUCAAGUUGCAGAUUGCUACAGGUGGAUCAAAGUACAUUUACUGCUCUCUCUAAACUAAAAGAGCUAAACAUCAGCAACAAUAAGCUACUGGUCUUUGAUCCUUUAGUCUACAAGCCUCUCCAAGCCCUCACAGUCCUGGACUUCAGCCACAACCAGCUGACUGUCCUGUUGGAUUCAGCCCUGGAAAGUGUACCUGAUAGUCUGGUCUUGUUAGACCUCUCUCACAACCUGUUUGAUUGCUCUUGCACAUACCUGAACUUUCUGAAAUGGGUCAAAGAAAAGCAGAAGAUACUGCAGAACAAGGAGCUGAUGAUGUGCCAUGUCCCUGCAUAUGUGAAGAAUGUGAGUCUGUCUAGCUUCGAUCUGUCCUCCUGCCAGAUUAAACCAAGCACAGUGGCAUUCUCAGUGAGUGUGUUGCUUGCUGCAGCUGUGUCCCUGUUCCUGAUUUACAAAUACUACUUCCAGCUAUACUACGCAUUGGUGCUGCUCAGUGGGUCUAAGCACUCUACUGAAAAGGGGGACACCUAUGAUGCGUUUGUUAUCCACUCCAGCAAAGACCAAGAGUGGGUGAUAAAAGAGCUGGUGGAGCCCUUAGAAGGAGGAAAACCUCCCUUCCAGCUUUGUCUUUACUACAGGGAUUUCUUACCAGGGGUACCCAUUGUCACUAAUAUCAUGCAAGAAGGUUUCUUGAGUAGCAGAAAUGUCAUUGCAGUCAUUUCUACUGACUUUCUGGAGAGCAAGUGGUGUAGCUUUGAGUUUGACAUUGCCCAGUCCUGGCAGCUUGUUGCAGGGAGGGCUGGAAUUAUCAUGAUUGUACUGGAAGACGUGGAUAAAGCCUUGUUGAGGCAGAGGCUGGGGCUAUCCCGAUACCUGAGGAGGAAUACCUAUCUGGAAUGGAAAAACAGGGAAAUAAGCAGGCAUAUCUUCUGGAGGCAGCUGACAGGAGCCUUACUAGAAGGCAAAAAAAGGAAUCAUGAGGAGGUAAAACUCAUGUAA